AUGCCCGCGACCACGCAGCAGCAGCAACAACAAAGCCGCAGUAUGGCCACCGUUCAAGAUGGCACUCCGAAGCGAACCUACGGCGGGCUCAAAGACCAGGACCGGAUAUUCCAGAAUCUCUACGGUCGAUACCCGCCUGAUUUGAAGUCGGCCAAGAAGAUGGGCGACUGGCACAAGACGAAGGAAAUACUGCUCAAGGGACACGAUUGGAUCAUCAGCGAGGUCAAGGCGUCGGGACUGCGAGGCAGAGGAGGAGCUGGUUUCCCUUCUGGGCUGAAGUGGUCAUUCAUGAACUUCAAGGACUGGGACAAGGACACGAAGCCGAGAUACCUGGUUGUCAACGCCGAUGAGGGCGAGCCCGGAACUUGCAAGGACCGAGAAAUUAUGCGCAAGGAUCCCCACAAGCUCAUCGAGGGCUGCUUAGUAUCUGGCCGCGCCAUGAACGCCUCGGCUGCCUACAUCUACAUUCGCGGCGAGUUUAUCCACGAAGCCGCCGUCCUCCAACAUGCUAUCAACGAAGCAUAUGCUGAUGGCUUGAUUGGCAAAAACGCUUGCGGAUCCGGGUACGAUUUCGAUGUCUACCUCCACCGAGGUGCUGGCGCAUACGUCUGCGGUGAGGAGACCUCUCUGAUCGAGUCUUUGGAGGGCAAGCCCGGAAAGCCGCGUCUGAAGCCGCCUUUCCCUGCUGCCGUCGGUGUCUUCGGCUGCCCGUCCACGGUUGCCAACGUCGAGACCAUCGCUGUAGCUCCGACCAUCUGCAGAAGAGGUGGCAACUGGUUUGCCGGCUUUGGCCGAGAGCGAAACCAGGGCACGAAACUUUUCUGUAUUUCUGGCCACGUCAACAACCCCGCCACGGUCGAAGAGGAAAUGAGUAUUCCGCUACGCGAGCUCAUUGAAAAGCAUUGCGGUGGUGUCCGUGGAGGCUGGGACAACCUGCUAGCCAUUAUCCCAGGUGGAUCUUCAACACCCAUCCUACCGAAGAACGUCUGCGAUGACCAGCUGAUGGACUUUGAUGCCCUCAAGGAUAGCCAGUCUGGUCUCGGUACCGCUGCCGUUAUUGUCAUGGACAAGAGCGCCGAUGUGGUCCGCGCCAUCUCCCGGUUAAGUCAUUUCUAUCGGCACGAAUCUUGUGGACAGUGCACUCCUUGCCGUGAGGGAAGCAAAUGGACCGAGCAGAUCAUGAGCCGAUUUGAGAAGGGCAUGGGUCGCGAGCGGGAAAUAGACAUGUUGCAGGAACUCACAAAGCAAGUAGAGGGUCACACCAUUUGCGCUCUUGGUGAGGCUUUUGCCUGGCCUAUUCAAGGGCUUAUUCGCCAUUUCCGCCCAGAGCUGGAGGCAAGAAUGCAGAAGUUCGCGGCAGAGAACGGCGGCCCAGCAUUGGCUGGUGGAUGGAAGGCCGACACAAGGGCUCAGGGUAAACUGGUGGCCCCAGGACAAUAG